AAGAAUUGAAAGUUACGUUACUCCUAAACAUGUUGAAGAAAAAUGCGAAGUCCGAUGAGGAGUUAUUGCUUGAACAGGCUAAAUUUAUAUGCAGUCAACGUGCUAGAGAUUUAGGAGGGGCGGUUACUUCUUGUGUUAGUAAAAAGCACAGAAAAGCAGAUGCUGAGUCUAUCGUGCCUGUCGGUAAGCUUGAUGUCUGCUAAAAAUAGGUAGAUUAAUGCCUUCAGAUUGGGAUCCUUGCUUUUUGCCGACCGUCACUGAACAUCCAAUCACCCGAACUUUUGAAGUUUCCGGUGACUUGCAUGUCAUGAAAAAUGGUCAUUCUUGUACAUCUAAUCCCCGAAAAGCAUUUUCGCACAAGAAAUGGAGCGUGCUGGCUUUUCAAGGCCUACUUAUACCCAAUCACACGGAUUUCCACAGAGUUGUGCUUCGUCUAAUCACUGUAAGGUUAUUUUAUCUAAUAUCUUCAAAAGCGGAACGCCUGGAGUAUUUAAAGCAAAAGCUGCCCCAGACAAUAACUGGUACGGGCUGGGAACUAGAUCUAAUGAGAUUGAGAGAAUACACCAAGAAAACCUUGAACGCUUGUCAUUACUUACGGAGAAAGAAAUAAUUGAGGAAAGGGAGAAAAUCUUAUCCGUUGCUGACCCCAGUGUCCUAUCAUUUCUAAUGCAAAAAAGUCAUAAUAAAAACGACACGGAUACAGUCAAAUUGAAACAAUCUAAGCUAGAUGAGUUAUCACGUAAACCAGUUGAAUGCGAACUAUCUGAUUUACCGUUCAAUCCUGGUCCGAAGAUACCGCAUAUGGAUGUCUUAGAAGCUGAUAAAUUGGAAUGGACUCUAGAUUUGCCACGCGCAGCUAAGACAACACCAUCUAUAGAACUAACGAAGUCCACUACGUCGAGCGAUAUACAAACUGAUGCUAAUGAAGAGUCGGAAAAGAACUGUGCAGCACGUCAGGCUCGUUUCGAUUUAUCUGGCCUAGUUGUUUCACCUGAUGCUGAUGUAGAUACCCAUUUAGGAUUGCAUCACCACGGAGAAGAACCAGAAAGAGCUGGUUAUACAAUUGGUGAGAUGUUUCACUUAUGUCGUUCCAGCGUGCCAGCUCAACGUCGCCUUGCAUUGUCUAUGCUAGCGUCAUCUUUAACGCAGACGCGUCUUGGCAAACAUAUUAGUUAUUUGGCACCAAUAAACUCACCUAGUUUAAUCACAUAUCUCCUGUCAUCUAAAACAGCUUUAUCGGAAGAUUCAAAUGCAGCUAAAAGUGGAGGAUCCGGUGGUAUUCUCUUCUUGUUACGAUGGUGUUUAGAUGAAGCGGUUAGUACACUUACCAGUGCCAAUUCUGUUGGUGGGGACAGUGGCAGUUGUGGAGCAUCUUUAACGCUAGUUGUUGAAUGUAUUCGUUGUUUGGCUAAUUUAAUUUGUGAUACUCAAGGAGAGAUUUUUCUCAACUAUGCACAUGAAUGGUCGAUUGAAUCGAUUCACCAAGCCUGUUUAUUUGUUGCUCCACCAGUACAACAGAUCAAUCCGAAUGUAAAAUAUCAACAGUUAGCUGAUGAGCAAAGUGAUGAUAGUGAGUUGGCUGCUAGUGAUCCUGUUGAAUUUUUGUUCUUACGCUCAAAGUUAGCACGAAGAAUUGCAUGGUUGUUAGCCCCAGGCAAAGGGCGUGUUAGUGUAUGCCUACCAGCUGACGCUGCCGGUCUUUGGUUGCCAAGCUUGAUUAUUCGAGGUUUACGUCAUUCGCCUUCAGUAGCUUACGAAAUAUUUCGUACUCCAGAGUUAAUAUCUGCUCUACUGAUACAUUAUCUUCCUAUUAAUGAAUAUCAGUUCUCCAGUAGUACGAAUUCAAAUGUGAAUCGUCCUAACUACUUGUUCACAGCAAACAAUAUUCCACUACCAUCUGUAAUGCGUUUAUGUCGUAUUUGGAUUCAAGGUUCAUACAAUAUUUUAUUGGCAUUUGUUAGUGAUCACCAUCUUAUCGAACGUUGCUUAUCUUAUUUGUGCAAUGAUAAAGAUGAUACAAAUAUAACUUGUCUGACGACUGCUCACUUAGUUGCCUUUUUACAUAAAUCAUUACCUCUACGGUUGGCUGUUCAGCUACAAAUUGAAUCUCUGCGUUGCUUAGGCGUAUGCAUUUCACAAACUACUGUACCAUGCAAAGCUGUUCAUUUAAUACAGAAAAAGUUGUCUGAUGUAUUCCAUUCUGCGCAGAACUGUUGGAUUUUGUAUCGGUUAAAAUUUAUCACUGGAAAACGAGGACAGAUUUCACAUUUGGAAGAGGAUUAUUAUCUUGUGCCACUUCUGACUAGUUGGCUUCAUUUUCUGGUAAAUUUAUCACAAAGUCUUAUAAAACGUGGAAAUAAUUGUACCAUACUUCAAACAGUUCACAUGAUACUUGAUAAUGUAUUAAGUUGGUGUUGUGAUUUGGGGCAGCAUGUAGCCAAGAAUUUAGAAAGUGAUUUGAUCACACCAGUUUGGGAAGAUUUUGAACAUGGUUUAACGGUAGCUGGCUUGAACACUUCACUUAUGGCUGUCGUAGUCACAUCUAUUCCUACUUGUCUCCAUUUGCUAUCUCGAAUCGAUUUGCAGCCAAAAAUUGCUUUUCAUGAACAAGUUAUUAAUCAUUGGAAUCAAUUAUUAAUGCCAAUAUCCAGACUCAAUUUUUGGAAUGAAAUGCUUUGUCGAUUUGUUCGGAACGAAAGUGUGCUUACUGGUUACCCUGUUCAUGUACGCGAUGUGUCUGCUAGUUUACUGCCAGAAUCAUCCAUACCUAUUCAUACAGAUAAAGAAAGAAAACUAGACUGGAACUCCGUUGAUUGUAGUAUGAUUUUAGACGAUGGAAUUUUACAAUUAGUAUCAUUAUCGCCUAAUAAUUGUCUACCAGAUUAUGGAUGUACAUUGCAUUUCGCGUAUAAUGCACAUUAUCGUCAAUUGACUGGAUUAAUGUGGCCAAGAGUUAACUCAUCACUUUCAGUUAAUAUUACUCAAAUAAAUAAGGAAGAGCAACAUGAUGAAUGUGAUCAGGUGUCAUUUAAUCCCGAACAAAUGAAUACACGAUAUAUUCCAUUAAUGUCUGCUCUAGUUAGUGUUUUAGAGUCUAUUGUACUUCAGUUCAAAAUACAUAUGAUGACAAUGGAGAAAGGACAAUUAUCUAUGAUUACAAAGAUGUUUCUUCCUUUAAUUGAUUGGAUUAAACGUAUUUGCAAACAGUCAUACCUUCAAUGGAAAUCAUUAGACAUAACGCAAGGGAAGUCAUCUGUUUCUUAUGAACCUCAUAUAUUGAUAGCCAUUGAAAGUGAAUUAGUUGUCAGGAUAUUGUUAUUAUUUAGUCAGAUUUUAGAACAAGAUGAAUGUGAUUUAUCUGAUUAUUUGAAGCUGUCUCUGUUUUCCGAUAUUGUUGGCGGUUACAACAUCAUUCAUUUGGCUGCUUUACGUAUUCUUCCACAUUUACGUAAAGGGCAAGAGAAGCUGAGAAAUCGUCUGAUCUCAGAGGUUAUAUUUAACAGUCGACAGAUUGAACUUAAUAAUUUCAAUGGUAACGUUGAUGCUGGACGCGUUUUACCGCGUUUAUGUGAAAUAAAAGAACUUUACUUUCAUGAAUUAGUACAUGCGAUGACACCAACGGCAACAACAAAAGCAAUAAAUUCACUGGAUAUUGGAAUCAAAGACAGUAACAGUCAAUCAAAUUUGUCAACAAUCGUCGAAGAUAUUCAUGAAGAGAAUUCUGUAAUACAAUCAUCGAACUGUCAGAGUUUUUUCAAAUUGGGUCCUAUCUUCUCUAAGCCUAGAUCCGUGUGUGAUCGAUUAGUCACUGAGGAAUGGGCAUAUAUUCCACUUAUUCAUUCAUACCUACUGUCCAAAUCGAAGAAGCUAAAUGAAGAAGAUGAAAAUUAUCGGAAGCUUAUUUUAGAUCGCUCAUUGAACUGUUUGGUGUGGAUAACUUACCUUCAACGAAUUGCAACUACAUACAAAUCUACUGAUAGUUACUCUUUCGGAUUUAUGAAUUCAGUCGAAUCUAUUGUACGUCUUACUAUUGGUUCUAUAUCAUAUCCUGGUGCUGGGGGAUUAGGCUUCGUACCUACUGGUCAACUGUUAGCCGAAAUUUUAUAUUCCAUUGGGUCGAUAAACAAUGUCCUGACUGUAAAUCGUUGUGAAUCAAGUCUUCUACUUGAAAAUGUCAGUCUUCCAGUCACUUGUCCAUCAUAUUAUGACGUCUAUAUUGAUUUUGUUAACCACUACAAUGCGUUGUCGUAUAAUUCUCCAGUGCUAGCCAAUCUACUUCUGUGGCCAUGUCAACAAGCUUGUCAUGUUAAAUAUAGACGUGCGCUUUGGGGUGAACAUCAACAUGCGUUGAAUUCACUUCGUAUUGUUUUAAACCAACUGGUACUACCGCUGAUCAGCUUUCUUGAACCAGAAGAAUCCAACACAACUAUGAUUCGUGUAUAUGCAUCUGCAAUUUUAUCUGGUACUGUUCAAAUAACUCGUCAGCCUCUUUUGUUUCUUAUUGCUGUGCAUCAUUUGAAUCGAUAUCUGUACGACAAAAAUAAUUGUGAAAGUGAAUUUACUCAGCAGUUUGUACGUUUAUGUAAAUUACUUCCACAAAUGAAAAACUUCAAAUUGUCAUCAUCAGCUCACACAAUCGGCAAUAAAACAGAUAUUCUUAAUCUACUGCGUUAUUAUAAACAACCCAACAGACAAUGGUUGCAGAUAAAUUCGAAUGGUUUGAAUUCAGAUUUACAUGUCGGUAUACACGAUUCACUGGUGCACUUACUCAGCAAUGAGAAUUUGCAGAGUACUAGGGAGCAGUGCAGUGACUAUAUGAGCUUGACGUCGGCAAAAACAUUUAAUGAAGCCAUCAUGCAAGCGGGUAUAGAAUGUUACGAUCCCAACAGUCUACCCAAACGCCGACAGAUUUACUGGAAUCAUUUGUUUGAAAAAUACGAAGGACAAUUUGCUGGAGGAAGCGGUAAAAGAAAGGAUGGAAUAGAAGUACUACCUCAGACAAUGAACUGAAGCAUAUUUGAGUUUCUAUGUAAAAACUUGCACAUGUAAAUAACAUUCAUAAAAAAGUGUUUUUACUCGCCUAAAAAUAUACUACUAACAAAUUUUA